GCGGGGCGUGGCUCUCCCGUCUUCCUCUCGCGUUGGUUCCGCCGGGAGAGCUUCAGCCGCCGCUCCUCGCCGCUGCUCCGCCCGUCUCCGCUCCGGGCCGCUCCGGCGUUUUCUCUCUGCCUUGAAGUCGGGUGUCUUUUAUGAAUAAUCAAAAGCCGCAGAAGCCGACGCUAUCAGGCCAGCGUUUUAAAACUAGAAAAAGAGAUGAAAAAGAGAGGUUUGACCCUACUCAGUUCCAGGACUGUAUUAUUCAAGGUUUAACCGAAACUGGCACAGACUUGGAGGCAGUAGCGAAGUUUCUCGAUGCUUCUGGUGCAAAACUUGACUAUCGCCGCUAUGCAGAAACACUUUUUGACAUCCUGGUGGCUGGUGGAAUGCUGGCCCCAGGUGGUACCCUGGCAGAUGACAUGACACGCACAAACGUCUGUGUAUUCGCAGCACAGGAAGACCUGGAAACCAUGCAAGCAUUUGCUCAGGUUUUUAACAAGCUGAUCAGGCGUUACAAGUACCUGGAGAAAGGCUUUGAAGAUGAAGUCAAGAAGUUGCUGCUGUUCCUGAAAGGGUUCUCAGAGUCCGAGCGGAACAAGCUGGCCAUGCUGACGGGUAUUCUGCUAGCCAACGGGACGCUUAAUGCAUCGAUUCUCAACAGUCUGUACAAUGAGAACUUGGUUAAAGAAGGUGUUUCUGCAGCUUUUGCGGUCAAGCUGUUCAAAUCAUGGAUAAAUGAGAAAGAUAUUAAUGCAGUGGCUGUCAGUCUUCGUAAAGUAAACAUGGAUAACAGGCUGAUGGAACUCUUCCCAGCCAACAAACAAAGUGUUGAACACUUCUCCAAGUACUUCACUGAAGCAGGACUAAAAGAACUUUCUGAGUAUGUUCGGAACCAGCAAACCAUAGGAGCUCGGAAAGAGCUGCAGAAAGAGCUUCAGGAGCAGAUGUCACGGGGAGAUCCGUUCAAGGACAUAAUCUUGUAUGUGAAAGAGGAGAUGAAGAAAAACAACAUCUCAGAACAGACUGUGGUAGCCAUCAUCUGGUCAAGUGUGAUGAGCACGGUGGAGUGGAACAAAAAGGAGGAGCUGGUAGCAGAGCAAGCCAUUAAGCACUUGAAGCAAUACAGCCCUCUACUUGCUGCCUUUACUACCCAAGGUCAGUCAGAGCUGACUCUUCUGUUGAAGAUUCAGGAGUAUUGUUAUGACAACAUUCACUUCAUGAAGGCCUUCCAGAAAAUAGUGGUGCUCUUCUACAAAGCUGAAGUUCUGAGUGAAGAGCCCAUCCUGAAGUGGUACAAAGAUGCACAUCUUGCAAAAGGAAAGAGUGUUUUUCUGGAGCAGAUGAAAAAAUUUGUCGAAUGGCUCAAGAAUGCUGAGGAAGAGUCCGAGUCUGAAGCUGAAGAGGGCGACUGAUCUGUGAAACUGUCCUCAGUAAAGCAAACAGGAGCUGUAGUUAAGUGUCAUGUCUCAUGUGUCCUGAUUCUUGCAUCCUACCUCCCUGUAUCAAGCAUGAUAUAAGGGCUCUCAUGGCAAUUUAUUUUAACUGUUUUCUAUAGUUAUUGAAAUACUGGGUUUAGUUUUUAAAACCAUGUUUUAAGUAGCUUACAGGAGCUAUCCUAGAUUUGACUCUAACCUGCAUUUGUCCUUUCAGUUAUAUUCUACCUCCUGUAUUUUCUACUGUAAUAAUGUAAUUUAAGGCCUUCUACAAUGAAAUCCAUUUUACCCCUUGGGUUUUCUAUCUGUAUUUGAGUAGACAUGAUAUGGUGAAUAAGAUGUAGGGCAGUCCUGUUUGCAAAUUAAACUGUAGAAAGUCUCCCAAGUGAAGAGGGCAGGGCCUGUGUGAUAACUUGCUGUGAUGCUUCAGUCUCUUGCGCUACCCCCAAUGGGAGGUGGCUGUCCCCCUCCCCACUACCAGCAUAAAGCAAUCCUCCAAAGCCUGGGAGCUCCACGUCCCCCCCAGAGGUGGUGCCCUGGGGGCUGCCACCAGUAGCCAGGGUGGGCUAUGAGAAGCAGCCUGCUAGAGCCUGCUGCCUACCCCAGCUGGGGGCUCUUCUCCCCCAGGGCAGCCCAGGCAGAGGGUGCUGUGCCACAGGCGGCUGCCGGAGCCCUGGGCAGGGCUGCACCAGGGGCAGCCUGGGCUGCUGGAAGGUGAGGCAGGCUGAAUUCUACCCCCUCCCCCCUGAAUUUCUGAGGUUAUUUUAUGCUGGCAGUUGACAUGUUAAACCAAACAGCUUAUCUAUUCCUUGAAACUUUGAAUUCUUAAUAGAAAUUCUCAGGACAGGUCAUAAUUCAAGAAAGAUUUGGUAAAAGUGACAUCUGUAUUGUUAUAAACUAAUAAUGAGCAUUAACUGAAAAACUGGUAACCCAAGUAUAGCCUACUAAAUAUUAAGAAAAAAAGUGGUGAUCACAAUGCAAUCUGUUCAAUACUUCAGUAAUCUUCCUUUGUAACUUUUUUUUUAAAACAAAUAAAGGCCAUCCCUACACUUACUGUCAA